AUGGAUAUUUUAAUCGACUGGCCUUUCAGUUUUAAAAUUUGGUCCAUCCUACUCGUCUGCGUUCCAAUUUUCGCCUUCUUCAGGCAACAAAAAUGUCGCAGCACCAAGCAGCGGCUUCCACCAGGCCCACGUGGCUUUCCCAUAGUUGGGAACACGUUCGAUCUAGGGACAAUGCCACACCGAAUCUUAGCUGAACUAGGCACCAAGCACGGGCCACUCAUAUGGCUACGGCUAGGCAGUCAGAGAGUCCUGGUCAUUCUCACAGAAUGUGCAGCAGCCGAGUUUUUCAAGCACCAUGACCUCUCUUUUGCUGACUGUAACAUCAAUGAGACGAUGAGGGUGCUUGACUACGACAAGGGGUCGAUGAUUCCAGCCCCUUACGGACCCCACUGGCGAGUGAUGAGGAAGAUCAGUGUCGUUGAGAUGUUGACUAGCAAACGCGAUAUCUUAUAUACUCUAACAGAAACAGCAUCUAUCGGAGAAAAGUGUGUAGGUGAAAUGAUCAAGUGGGUAGAAGAUGCUGCAGGAGGUACACAGGAGAUUCAGAUUGGUCGAUUCGUAUUCCUUGCAGAGUUUAACUUGCUCGGAAACCUAUUACUGUCAAAGAAUCUCGUGGAUCCAAGUUCAGCUGAGGGAUCGUUUUUUGCUGCUAUGAAUGGGCUGACUCAGUGGACUGGCCUUCCAAAUGUUGCUGAUUUUUUUCCUUGGCUAAAAUGGUUGGAUUUGCAGGGGCUAAAACGGAAGACUAAAAGAGAUAUGGGAAAAGUUUUUGAGAUCGCGACACGGUUUGUGAGAGAACGAAUCGAAGAGAACGAGAUGGGCAGAGCGGGUGGGACAAAAGAGAUGCUGGAUGUGUUGCUGGAAUUUGAGGGUGAUGGAAAUGAGGAUCCUAAGAAGUUAUCAGAUCACCAUAUCAACAUAUUUAUGUUGGAGUUUUUCAUGGCCGGUACAGAAUCGACAACCAACUGGGCACUGACAGAGCUCCUUGCAAACCCUGAUGCAAUGUCUGAAGUCAAAUGUGAGCUACAUCAAGUUAUAGGACAGCAAAGAGAGUUGCACAAGGCUGAUAUCGAUGAUCUCAAGUAUUUACAAGCAGUGAUCAAAGAAACACUUUGAUUACAUCAACCAGUCCCGUUUCUUGUGCCAAGAAAGGCGGUCGAAGAUGUUAAAUUAAUGGGGUUUGACAUACCGCGUGGCACACAAGUUUUUGUAAAUGCAUGGGCAAUCGGAAGAGACCCAGAAAGGUGGGAUGAUCCAUUGACAUUCAAGCCUAAGAGAUUUUUGGGGUCAAAAAUUGAUUAUAAAGGACAACACUAUGGACUAAUUCCGUUUGGAGCAGGGAGAAGAAUGUGUGCAGGGGUACCCCUAGCUCAUAAAAUGCUAGAUCUCAUAUUAGGUGCAUUGCUACAUAAUUUUGAUUGGGAGCUUGAAAAUCACAUUACGCCUGAGACAAUUGAUUGGGAGCGUAGGAUCGGAUUGACAGCAAGAAAGUUAGUACCCUUAAAAGUGAUACCAAAGAGAAGUAUCAAUCGUUCUAAGUAA